CGAUGUGGACUUUUAUCAUCGAAUUGGAAAUGACGAGCGACAAAAAUUUGCAGUCAACAGAGUUGCAGCUGCCGCCUAAUUGGUCAGUCAGCCAGCUGUACCAGGAAGUUGCUAAAAUCUUCGGAUUGGUGGAAGAGAGCUUUGACUUACUGUGGAAUAAAGGGAAAAACGAAGAUAAAAUAGUAGAUAAGUCUGACCCCGAGCUAACGUUGCAAGUGCUUCUCGGACUGAACGAGAACGUUAGGACUGUAAAAUUGUUGGCACGACUACUAAGUGACCAUGAGGAAACAUUGGAUAAGCAGCCAGGCGAGGAGUGCCCAGUUGACAAGCACAAGGAACCAUUGGAGGACGAUAAGGCGGUACAGGAAGUCGGAGAAUGUGAAGAAGAUUUGCCUGCGUCCACUAGCACGGCAGCUGCAACUGCAGCUCGUGACCCUCUGGCUGGAGCGACGUCUAGCAGUACAGUAUCAAGGGCUAAACCCAAAUUUGUGGGUUUGGUAAAUCAAGGUGCGACGUGUUAUCUUAACAGUCUUUUGCAAACUCUGUACAUGACACCUGAAUUUCGAAAUGCACUCUGCAGAUUUGAGUUUGUUAUUGCACCAGAGAGUGAAGAAAUGAGCAUUCCCUUCCAGUUGAAACAACUAUUCUAUCAAUUGCAGAAUUCCGGAAGGUCUGUUAGCACUGUUGGAGUGACAAAGAGCUUUGGAUGGGACAGUUCUAAGGCAUUUGAACAAGACGACGUGCAUCAGUUGUAUCAAGUCAUGUUUGAUGCUUUGGAACAAGAGUUGGUGAAAACAAACAAGGAGGAUCUUAUCAGCCGGCUUUAUGAAGGGAAGAGGAAAGACUAUGUGACAUGUUGGCAAUGCGGAUUGGAGAGUGCAAACGAGGAAAGUUUUCAUGAUAUUCUAUUAGGGAUCAAACCAUUUGGAUCAAUUACAGCAUUUAGAAGUGUGGAAGAGUCCAUGGAUUCAUUUGUGCGUUCUCAGACUUUAGAUGGCGACAAUCAGUACUACUGUGACAACUGCCAAAGGAAAUGUCGUGCGGAAAAGGGACUUAAGUUUACGUCGUUUCCUUAUCUUCUAACUUUGUUGUUGAAGCGUUUUGACUUUGACUAUUGGACAAUGAAGCGAGUCAAAGUUACUGACAGGAUGACUUUUCCAGUUCAACUGAAUCUAAACAAAUAUAUUGACUCAGAAUGUUCUGGACAACAGUUGAAUGGAGGUGCAGAAGAUGAAGGUGAUGAUACAACAGAUACAUCUAGUCAUAUGCCGGAAGCUUCUGCUAGCUCUUCAAACAAUUCUCAAGGUCCAUAUGUGUAUGAACUAUUUUCAAUUUUGGUUCAUACAGGUUCAGCUUAUUCUGGUCACUAUUAUGCAUAUAUCAGGUCAUUUUCUGAUAAUCAGUGGUACUGUUUCAAUGAUCAGACGGUUUCCAAGGUGAGAGAGGAAGAUAUUAGAUCAACAUUUGGCGAACAGUCUGCAUGGUACACCAGCUCCAAGCCAACUGCAUACAUGCUUAUGUAUAGACAGACAUGUCAAGAGCGAAAUGAAGACUUUUUACCAUCAAGGAAGUAUUCAGAAGGUGAUAUGAAAGAAGAGAAAGAAGCUAAAAAUGAGCAAGAACAGGACCAUAAAGAACCCAAAAAUGAGCAAGAACAGGACCACGUGAAGUGCAAGGUGACAGAAGAAGAUAUUGAAUCAACAUUUGGAGAACAGACACGGUAUGGGUAUACCAGCCUCAACCCUACUGCAUACAUGCUUAUGUACAGACAGAAGUGUAAAGAACGAAAUGAAGACUUUUUGCAACCAACAAGCCAUUCAGAAGAUGGUACGACAGAAGACAAAGAACAUGAAAAUGAGCAAGAACAUGGCCAUUGGAAGCACAAGGAUGUUGCGGUUGUGCCCAGUUCUGCAGUGAAAGCUGAAGCUGCCGAAAAAGUUCACGAAGGAAGUGAUUUAACAAGAGAUGCUUGUCUGUACGAUCAAACUCAUCCUCUAGAGGCACCAGUUAGGAUUGAAUUCUUUGCCUUUCUUUGCAAACACACUGUGGGAAGGCAGAAUUGGAGGUUAUUUGCAGAACAUCUCCAUCUCUCUCAGAAGGACAUUGAAAACAUUGCUAGUGAGAGUAUGGAACCCACUGAUGGUGUCGUAGAAGAGAGGUUACGUGUGUGGUUGCAGAAUUUGCAUGCCAAAACGUCCAUCUCUGAUUUACUUGUAGCCACGUGUUGUGCUGGUUGGGGAGACUGGAUUGAACUUAUUGCACAGUACGUGAGCUGAUGUCAUGUAUACGGGUGUCGACUUGACUGCUUAGUAGAUGCUGUGUGUCAACUUGAUGGAUUUUCUAAAUAAAGUCAUUUGU